AAAUCACAUUUCAUAAUAUCCAUCAUGAAUUCCAAUCAAUCAUCUACUCCAAACCCUAAUAUGGAAACGAAACAAAACGAAAAUGUUCCUCCUGUGCAGGAUCCCGUGGGCCAGCCCUCGCAAGCGUGUGCUUCAACGGCACCGCAAUGUCCAAACCCUUAUGUAUCUGCAACUCCUGUUCGCGAUUCUUCCACGAAGAAAACAAUGGACACGGUGAAAAUUUUGUUUGCGAGAUGGGCAAAGAAAGCCGCUGAGGCAUCAAAGAAGGGACAAGAAUAUGCUGGAGAUAUGUGGCAACAUUUGAAAACAGGCCCCAGUAUUACGGAUGCUGCUGUUGGAAGAAUUGCUCAAGGAACCAAAGUUCUUGCAGAAGGUGGAUACGAUAAAAUCUUUCGAUCAACAUUCCAAACAAUUCCGGAGGAGGGACUUCUGAAGUCAUAUGCAUGUUACCUAUCAACUUCUGCUGGCCCGGUUAUGGGAGUUCUAUACUUAUCGACAGCAAAGCUUGCAUUUUGCAGUGACAAUCCACUUCCAUAUAAAGUUGGUGAAGAGAAGAAAUGGAGCUAUUACAAGGUGGUCAUCCCAUUGCUUCAGCUCAAAGCCGUGUACCCUUCAAGAAGCAAAACAGAUCCUGCUGAAAAAUACAUACAAGUUGUAUCAGUUGAUGAUCAUGAUUUCUGGUUCAUGGGUUUUGUAAACUACGAUAGCGCUGUGAAAAAUCUUCAAGGUGCACUUGAGCCAAACCAACAUCCGCCCUGCCUUGGCAGUUCAAAUUGUUAAACCAUAUUUUUAUAU